GGACUGUUGUUGUUCUCUCGCGGUGGGACCGCCUCAGUCUGGUCGCCCAGAGAGACCAGGAGCUGGUCUAGUUGGGAGCGGGGCGGCCGCGUCCCCCCUCUCUCCUGCUUCCCCAAAGCUGCGGCAGGAGCUGAUACAAACAUCCUGCGGUUGGUCUCCGAUGCCCUUCAGUGAGGAGGGGGCGGCGGGAUCCUUGUGAGCGCACGUCAAGCCCCUCCAGCUACGUGUCUUUGCCGGCCCCCCAGGCCCGCACACCCAAGUCUGGCUGCCAUGGCUGAAAACGCAGAGGGGGACCUGAACUCCAACCUACUCCACGCCCCCUAUCACACCGGGGACCCUCAGCUAGACACGGCCAUCGGGCAGUGGCUCCGUUGGGAUAAGAAUCCCAAGACAAAAGAGCAAAUUGAAAAUCUGUUAAGGAAUGGGAUGAACAAGGAGCUGCGAGAUAGACUUUGUUGCCGAAUGACUUUUGGGACUGCAGGACUUCGUUCUGCUAUGGGGGCAGGAUUUUGCUAUAUUAAUGAUCUUACAGUAAUACAGUCAACACAGGGGAUGUACAAAUACCUUGAGAGGUGUUUCUCAAACUUCAAGCAAAGAGGUUUUGUCGUGGGGUACGACACCCGGGGUCAAGUAACCAGCAGCUGCAGCAGCCAGAGGCUUGCUAAACUCACUGCUGCAGUCUUACUGGCCAAAGAUGUUCCUGUGUACCUUUUUUCAAGAUAUGUUCCUACGCCUUUUGUACCAUAUGCAGUCCAGGAGCUCAAAGCAGUUGCAGGUGUGAUGAUUACUGCAUCUCACAACCGCAAAGAAGACAAUGGAUACAAGGUUUAUUGGGAAAACGGUGCUCAGAUCACAUCUCCUCAUGAUAAAGAAAUUCUGAAAUGUAUAGAAGAAUGUGUGGAACCCUGGAAUGGUUCCUGGAAUGAUAAUUUAGUGGAUACCAGCCCACUGAAGAGAGAUCCUCUGCAGGACAUUUGUAGGAGAUACAUGGAAGAUCUGAAAAAGAUCUGUUUUUACAGGGAAUUAAACUCAAAAACCACCUUGAAAUUUGUACAUACAUCUUUUCAUGGAGUCGGACAUGACUAUGUGCAGUUGGCUUUUCAAGUAUUUGGUUUUAAGCCUCCAAUUCCAGUACCAGAACAAAAAGAUCCUGAUCCAGACUUUUCUACUGUUAAAUGCCCAAAUCCUGAAGAAGGGGAAUCUGUGCUGGAACUUUCUUUGAGACUGGCAGAGAAAGAAAAUGCCCGGAUAGUGCUAGCCACAGAUCCUGAUGCAGACCGACUGGCAGUGGCAGAACUUCAGGAGAAUGGUGAUUGGAAAGUUUUCACAGGGAAUGAGUUGGCAGCUUUGUUUGGGUGGUGGAUGUUUGAUUGCUGGAAGAAAAAUAAAUCAAGAAAUGCUGAUGUGAAGAACAUUUAUAUGUUAGCCACCACAGUCUCUUCCAAAAUUUUGAAGGCAAUUGCACUAAAAGAAGGAUUUCACUUUGAAGAAACGUUACCAGGUUUUAAAUGGAUCGGAAGUAGGAUAAAAGACCUCCUGGAAAAUGGGAAAGAAGUCCUUUUUGCAUUUGAAGAGUCUAUUGGUUUUCUGUGUGGAACUUCAGUUUUGGAUAAGGAUGGGGUGAGUGCAGCCGUUGUUGUUGCUGAGAUGGCAUCUUACCUGGAAACCAUGAAUAUAACGUUGAAACAACAACUGAUUAAGGUUUAUGAAAAAUAUGGUUAUCAUAUUUCAAAAACUUCGUAUUUCUUGUGUUAUGAUCCAACUACCAUCAAAAGUAUAUUUGAAAGGCUUCGCAAUUUUGAUUCUCCAAAAGAAUACCCAAAGUUUUGUGGGACAUGUGCUAUAUUGCAUAUACGAGAUGUUACCACUGGAUAUGAUAGCAGCCAGCCUAAUAAGAAAUCAGUGCUGCCUGUGAGUAAAAACAGCCAAAUGAUUACAUUUUCUUUUCAAAAUGGCUGUGUUGCUACUCUUCGGACAAGUGGGACAGAACCAAAGAUAAAGUAUUAUGCAGAGAUGUGUGCGUCACCUGACCAGAGUGACACUGCCUUACUAGAAGAGGAAUUGAAGAAACUCAUUGAAGCUUUGAUUGAGAAUUUUCUUGAGCCCUGGAAAAAUGGACUGACCUGGCGUUCUGUGUAGUGUUCACCAGUACGUCAUUGCUUUGCACUGGCCCAUGGAACAGAACAACCAAGAACUUCAUGCAUUGAACUCGAGUUAGCAUUCUCUGUCUCAUCUGGCUGAGUUAUCUUUUUCCUUUUACUUUCUUUCUUUUUGGUUGGCUGACUAAACAAACUGUAUACAUUUGAAAUGAAAUGGUCUGGAGAGAAAUGAUUCAAAUUUUUUCAUAAUCUUGAACAAAAGUCAUUACAUUAAAAGUAUUAUGGUAACACGUCAUUCUUCCUUCAACAGAAACAAAACAGUACAAAUGAGUUUUCUUAGUAAAGUGUGAUUAAGCUUAGUUCCAUAUUCUUGUAAUUGUGUAUAGCACGUUUUUUUUUUAAGGCAGAUAAAUGCUAUAUAAUUGUAGAAUUAGUUAAGGAAAUUAAUCCAUAGAAUUGGCAAGAAAAUGGCACUGUUCCCAGUAUACUGUGGAAAAGUGUCAUUGUUACAUCACAGGUAUUAACUUACAAAUUAGAGUAUUUGAUAUGAGGUAUUUAGCAUUUCUAGCUUAGAACAGAUGUUACAAUAUGUGGUUUCAGCACCUUUGUUUCAGGUGCUCUUGGUGCAGUGUAAAUUUAUUGUAUUUAUUUAAAAUUCUGACAUUUACCAAACAUAAAAGAGUAGUGGCAACA